AUGUCUGAAGCUCUUUUUGUCAUCAAAGAAGGGUGGCUGACGAAGCGAGGUGGGUUAUUUAAGACUUGGCAUAAACGCUGGUUUUAUAUUAUUGGAAAAACGCUAUUUUAUGCUAAAGAACCAGGAAUUGGCGAAAAAGGUAAAAUUUUACUAGAUAAAAAAGUUUCAAUUGCAAUAGCACCUGAGAGCAAAAAGUCAUUUUCAUUCAAAAUUAUUACUCCAGCUCGAAUUUACAUUAUUUCAGCUCCAGAUGAAGCUACCCGCGCUUCAUGGGUUAAAAUAUUAAGCAGCGUCAUUGACGAAAGCGGGCAAAGUGCACAGUUGACAGAGGAAGACAUUCAAGUUGUUCAUCCUAUAGAUAAUAAUAAUUUACAUAUCAUUCAGACGAUUUCAAGGAAAGAUAAUCCAAUCGAAUUAUAUAUCAUGAAAGCAUAUAACAAAGUGCCCAGCGACCCGCGUUUCCAAGAACAAGUUCAAAUUCGUACAUCUUUUCUUAAAACAAGGCUUUCUUACUUCAAUCCCAUCAAAUAUAUUUUACAGACAGAUAAUGACGUUAAAUUGUUUUAUGAAUACCUCCCUUAUGGCUCUCUUAGUAAAAAGAUCGAAAAUGAAGGCAAUUUAUCAGAAGAUUCAGCACGUAUGUAUAUUGCCCAAGUCUUAACGUGCUUAGAUAACCUACAUAAAAACAGAAUCAUCUACAAAGAUCUUAAAAUGUCAAAUGUUUUGAUAAAUAAAGAAGGUCUUAUCAUAGUUACAGAUCCAGGACUCCAUCUUCAACCAGAAAUCUCGGAAUACGUAGCUCCAGAAGUAAUUAAAAGCUUGCCAAUUACCGAAUCUGCAGAUUGGUACUCUGCAGGCAUAAUUUUAUAUGAAAUGAUAUGCGGACUCCCUCCAUAUUGGGAGAAAAACCAAGAUGCAUUGACAAAAGUUAUUUUAAAUGGAACAUUAAGAUUCCCUCAUCAUGUUUCUCGAAAAGCCAAGAAUAUCUGUGCUCGCCUGCUUGAGAAAUCUCCUGAUAAGAGACUUGGAGCAGGAGAACUCGGCUUUGAAGAAAUUAAACGCGAUGAAUUUUUCGCAAACUUGAAUUGGGAGUCUAUUGCUAACGGAACCUUCAAAGUGCAAUGGCAACCGCCUUCCUCUUAA